CAAGCCCCAGUCCCCUCAGAGUAAAAGUCACGUUGGAAGGAAGAGGGGAGAGAGAUAUCUGCUUACAGCUGCUGUCAGAUAUCCGAUCGGGUUCGCAUGGCGAGGAGGUAACCUGAUCGAACGGGGAGGAGUGACUCUACCAGGGAAGGCUCGAACAAAAAAAAAAAAAAAAAAAUGUCUUCUUCUUCUUCUGGAGAGGUCACGGCGGUGAAUGACAUCAAGAGGGAAAAUGUGAAGGAGGUGGAUACGCGGGAGAGCAUCAAGCUGGUGGCGCUGGACGCGGUGGAGUUGUCCAUGGAGCGCACGGCUCCCAACGCCGACGCGGUGCGCACGGAGCUGCUGGUGAGCGCCGCUUCCUCCCUGGCUUUCUCCCCGGAGCAAGUGGCGUGCGUAUGCGAGGCGCUGCAGCAGGGGGGCAACGUGGACCGGUUGGCGAGGUUCCUGUGGUCCUUACCCCAGAGCGACCUGCUCCGCGGCAACGAAAGCAUCUUAAAAGCCCAAGCCCUAGUUGCCUUCCAUCAAGCUCGUUACCAGGAGCUCUACAGUAUUUUGGAGAAUCAUAGUUUCAGUCCGUCCAACCACACCUUUCUGCAGGAACUUUGGUACAAGGCCCGGUACACGGAGGCAGAGAAGGCGCGGGGGAGACCCCUGGGCGCCGUGGAUAAGUACCGGAUCCGGAGAAAGUAUCCUCUCCCUAGGACUAUCUGGGACGGUGAGGAAACGGUUUAUUGUUUCAAGGAGAGGUCGCGGAACGCUCUGAAGGAUCUCUACAACCAGAACAGGUACCCGUCUCCAGCCGAGAAACGGAAUCUGGCCAAGAUAACCGGACUCUCCUUGACCCAGGUCAGCAACUGGUUCAAAAACAGGCGACAGAGAGACAGAAACCCGUCUGAGGCGCAGUCAAAAAGUGAGUCUGAUGGAAACCACAGUACAGAGGAUGAGUCCAGUAAGGGACAGGAGGAGCUGUCCCCUCGUCCUCUUUCCAACUCUUCGGAUGGAGUGAUAAACCACGGGAGCCUCCCAGCUCAGACAGGAGCUCUGGACGGUGGAGUGGUCAUCCAGCAGAUUGGUGACAUCAAGAUGUCCACAGGAUCCGGUGGUGGUGGGGUCUACAAUGGCAGUCUAGCAGCCAAUAAUACUUCCCCUGCCGUGUUUCAUAAUGGUGGCUCAUCGUAUCUACAUUCACCUGGAAACAUUCUCUUCAACGGCCUCAAUCUGGGCAUCCAGCCUCUGGCUUUCAACCCUCUGAGGCCGCCCAGCGGCGUGCUUCUGGGGGGCUCUGCGGGGGACAUGCACAUGCAGACAGGCCAGGAAAAAGGAGUGAUCGGUGCCGAGGAGUCCGCCCUGCACUACUCCUCCUACACGGGCUGUGUUAAUGGGUCGGAGGUGAAGCUGGAGGGGGUUCAUACCAUGGCGGCCCAGAAUGGAGGCUCCUCAGUCCUCACAUUCAGCUCACCGUCAGGGUCUCUGCAGCUCGGUGGCUACAGCCUGGUCCAGGUACCGAGUGGAGUCCCUGACAGCGAUGGCAGCUCCUUGCUUAACAGCGAUGUAGGUCUUCCUCCCCUACAGCUGCCGUCUGCUUCAUCUUCCUCCACAAUUACUCAGCAAGGUAGCAUGUCUCUGAACAAUGCAGUGGUAAGCUCAUCCAGUCAAGACUCUUUCCAGCCACAGGACAAGCUGACUAUGACAUCUUUGCACCACAACACCGUUCUCUACAGCAUGAGCAACCAGACUCCAAUAAAGAAGGAACCUCUGGAUGGAGGCAUUUACUCCUCGUACCACGGCGGGCUCCACCUGGACCCCAGCGGUCAGAUCAGCUACACCGGCAGCGACUCUGGGCACAUCUCCUCCAGUCAUGGCACCACUUCCACCACUGACGUCACCCCCAUCAGCUCAUCCAGUUCUGAGCCAGAGGUCUACACCACCCUCACCAACAGCACACCUCUGAUGGCUCAGACGGACCCAGACGCCCAUCCUCACCUGCAGCCGGCUGAGUUCCUCGGCACACAUGAGGUGCACCGAGGGGCCCCAUCCUCACACCUACUGGGCCCCGGGAUGAACAGUGACUACAUGAACAUUUCAGAGAGCAAGUCGGACAUUUCGGGGCCUGGGGGGAUGAACGAGAUGGUACGGGCGAUGUGCGGGGAGCUGGAGGCUGCAGAGGGGAAGGAGCUAGCCAAACUACAGACUGUGCAGAUGGACGAGGACAUGUCCGACCUUUAACCUCAAACUCUGAAGCACUCACAUCCACCUGAGCAGUCAUACAAUGAAUAUUUUUACUAUUCAGUGUGUGUGUGUGUAUUUGUGUGUGUGUGAGUUUUUAAGCAUUGAUUUCCUUUAAAUUAUUUGUUUUUAUUUGAAUUUUAAAUGCACUCUAGUGAGAAAGGAGCCAUGUAGAUUGACUGCUUCAGAUUAUUAUGAAAAUGUAAAAAUAAAAGAGCCUGUGGUGUGUCUAAAAAAGCCCCCGUUUGUGAGAAGAAACACUGAGACUGUUCUGGCCGAUAGGAAGGAGUCCCUGCAUGAGUUUAGGCUCCGUUUAAAAGAGCAUUUUUUAUAGACAGCACCUGCUACUUCCUGUUGAGUGGAUGUGAUCUGCAGAAGCAGGUGCUGGAAUUCCUCGGGUCAUGUGACCGGGAUGUUCCUCCAAACCAAAUGCGUCAUGUGGGUUGAAACAAAAAGGUCACUCUGGAGUGGGGAAGAGGGAGAAAGCUUUAAGUUGAACAGCUUUACUGAAGGACUAAAAGGAAUCGGUUAACCAACACAGAAAAGUUGCUGAUUAAGGAAGAAUUUUCCUUCAGGGAGCACUUUAAUUGCUUUGAAAGCUUCUCAAGUCAAUGCAAAAUGCUGCUUUUAUGCUUUAUAACACAUUUAAAACCUUGACUGGAAGAGUAAAGUUAAAUGUGCCUUUCUGCAGCUAAAAAUACCCAAUGGUUCUGUUUUGGCAUUUGCACUACCACCAUGACAUUACAAUGUUUGAAACAACCCCUGAGCUGGACGUUUGUCAUGUGUGACACGUCCAGAAGAAAUGCCCACUAUUGCAGCCCUGUCUCCUGUUUCCAGUCCCAUCAUCAACUCAUGACACGGACACAUAAAUGAUGACUUCUCUCAUUCUGAGCUGUUUAUAACCCAACUGCUCGCAGAAUCAGGGUUCCUAUGAAGUCUGAAAAAAUUUGGAAUCAGAUUUUGUAAUUUUUUUCUGGUCUUGAUAAGCAAACAAAAACAAAGGAAGGGUUGUUUUUUUAUGUAUUGUAUUGCCUAAAUGUAGAAUUCUUCUUUUGUAUCCUCUUUUUCCUUCUUUUCCUUUCUUCCAUUGCUCCUCAGUUUUUUCUUAAAUCAUUGUUUUAAAGGUUCAAGAAAACAAAUCUCCUCUUUUGAAAAAAGAUUUUGAAAGGUCAAAAUCUUUUUUGACAUUUCUCUUUUUAUGUAUUUUUUGUCUAUACCUUCCUUAUGUUUUUCUGUCUUCAAUUUUGUUUCACGUUAUUAAUUUUUCCAUUCAUUUAGUCAUUGCGUUCGUCCUUUAAACCUUUAUUUUCCUAAUCUCCUUCCUUCCUUCCUUCCUUCCUUCCUUCCUUCCUUCCUUCCUUCCUUCCUUCCUUUUGUGUUCUUCAUUUUUCUUUCCUUUUGUUCUUCUUUCUUUUAUUGUGUCCCUUUCUACAUCUGUGUGUCCUCCCUUUAUCUCCUUUUCUCCUUGUAUCCUUUGUUCCUUUCUUCCUGUUUCUGGUUUUUCCAGUUUCUAUUAUUAGAGCUUACAUGGUAGAAAAUACAUACUGACCUUUUGCUUUAGAAUUACUGACAAACACAAAAGACUGAAAAACUCUGUAUAAAUGAAUCUCGAAAAAUGUUUAUUUCUUUAUAAAAAAUUUGUGGAAACCCAUUAGAUAAACCCGUUUUUCCAUAAGACCAGACUAAAACAGCUCCAGAGUGAAAUAAUUUUCAAACAAAAUGAUUUUAUGUGACCCCAGAGUGUGUAAUCAUCUGUCUAUGCACAGCAUUAAACUAGUCCAUUGAUAUGAGUGCCUUUUACAUUUGCUGUGGGGAUCCAAUCAAAGUGGAAGCAUCCGGGUUCAGAAAGCAGCUUCAGAGGUUUGCAGCCUCUGCCUGAAUUUGAAAGUGAGGCCGUUUGUCAAGAGACACUAACACUUUUCCAAACUUGUCCAGAGUUUCUUAUCGUCACAUAUGAGCACAUUUCGACCUUACAUCCAACUCAUCACAUGCUUUCAUGCCAGAGAUGCUCCCCAUCUUCAGGACCUCUGAGCGGACCUUUCAAUGAAAGUAUCCUCAGUGCUUUAACGGAAUAAAACCAAAAAUGAUGAGCAAAAAGUGCAUCAUUUGUUUUUUGUUUGUUUUUUUAUCUUAGUUUGAGUUAUAUGUUUGUUAUGUGAAAUUAUGUGAAUGUAUUUUUCUAAAUCAAUGUACUGGAAUAAAAGUUUAUAUUUAUAAAAACAUAAAA